UUCAGGGCUUUGAGGGGCCGUUGUUGGGAAGCGAUUCUCGCUCAGGCGCUACGGGCAGCUCCGGUAGCCGGCAGGAGGACGGGCCUGCAGCGGGAAGGACCCACACAGCGACGCUCCGCCUCCAUCCGUACGGUUCCACCGGGGCCCGGAGGAGCCGCGAUGCCGCUGUACGAAGGGCUGGGGAGCGGAGGGGAGAAGACAGCGGUGGUGCUCGACUUGGGCGAGGCCUUCACCAAGUGUGGUUUUGCAGGAGAAACAGGACCGAGAUGCAUUAUUCCUAGUGAAAUAAAGAAGCCUGAUGUCUCUAAGCCUGUCAAAGUUGUUCAAUAUAAUAUCAACACAGAGGAGCUGUAUUCGUAUCUGAAGGAAUUUAUCCAUAUGCUGUAUUUCAGGUAAGAGGUAUUUGGAUGUUGGUCAUGCAGGCCCUGGUCA